AAUCAAAGUAGAAUUUGAAUUCAAACUGUAAACAUGAACUGUCUGAAGAUCUGCGGCUUUUUCUUCGCUCUGAUUGCGGCUUUGGCGACGGCGGAGGCUGGCACCCAAGUCAUUCAUGCUGGCGGACACACGUUGAUUCAAACUGAUCGCUCGCAGUAUAUACGCAAAAACUAAAAAAAAAACCUCAAAUAAAUAUUUAAAGAAUAAAAAUGUUUUGAAACAG